AUGUCCGCUUUUCUGUUAAGUUUAAUAUGGUCGCUAUUACAGAGCGCCAUUGCUCUUAAUGACCGCCACCAGAAGCCUGUUGGUGACACGAGGCAUUGUGGGGAGUACAGCAACCAGGUCUUGGCUAAUGGGCGGUGCAGGAUUGUCGCCACACUGCCUCAACAAGAUGGCCACCGGUGCCCCGAUAUGUUCCGCUGUACGGAAGAGGUCUCCUACUGGCUCCAUGAGAAUGAAGAGAGGAAACAGGAGGUCCUGGAGCUCAGGGAGCUCAUGUCAGAGCUUCAAGAAGAACUCAGGAACCACAGACAUCGCCUAAGAAUACUAGAACAACAGCCUGAGAACACCAAUCACAGCUCGUCACUCCUCCACAGGGUGAAUAAUCUGGAGAUCUGGGCCAGUGAGAGCAGCACGCUGCAGCACCUGCAGGCGACAUACAUCUACGACAUUCAGGCUCAGGUCCGAAAUCUGUCGCUGGUCAUCGAUGGGUCCAACCUCAAUUCCUCGUGUUCUGUUCCUACAGCACUGCGGAGUCAUCAGAUGCAUCCACACACAGGAGAUCUCAGGUACUCCAGCAGCUGCUACACAGACUGUUCUCAUCAUUACUACAAUGGGAAGCAAAGCUCCGGAGUCUAUACAAUAGCGCCAUCUGCUGGGGGGACUCUGGUGGACGUCUACUGCGACAUGGACACCGAGGGUGGAGGGUGGACGGUCAUUCAGAGACGUCAAGAUGGAUCGGUCCAUUUUAACAGGACCUGGAAAGAGUAUAAAGAAGGAUUCGGAAACUUGAACGGCGAGUUCUGGCUGGGAAAUGAGAAGAUCCGCCGGAUAACGCGGAGCGGAGGAUUCAGCCUGCGCAUUGAUCUGGAGGACUGGAGUGGGCAGCGCAAGUACGCUGUGUACGGGGAGUUCAGCGUUGAAGAUGAAACCAGCGACUAUCGCCUGCACGUGUCCGGAGCCGAGGGGACGGCAGAGGAUUCAUUUGCCUGGUACCACAACAAGAGGAGUUUCAGUACACCGGAGUCGGGCAAUCUGUGUGCCGAGAUCUCUCAUGGCGGCUGGUGGUACCACCAAUGCUUCUAUUCCAACCUCAAUGGAGUGUACUACACGGGGGGUAAAUACGUGAAAGGUCGCAGGAUGAUGGGCCCGGAUGGCAUUGUGUGGUACAGCUGGAUGAACACCGAUUAUUAUUCCCUAAGGAAAGUCUCCAUGAUGAUUCGUCCCGGAUCGUUUCACUCGCACGCAUCGCCGUAGAAAAGAUCG